GAAAACAAUGAAGUCUUUAGCAAGGCAUAUGUACCACUGUAUACAAUGUUUGUUAUAAAGAGUGCAUAUGCAUGAUUCCGAUUUAACAUGUAUUCAUGUUAUUUUAUGGAGAACUACGUAUGAUUUAAUCAGAUGUUGCGGGUUUUAAAUCAUAGUCAUUCUGCAACGUUACUGAAGAUUUUACCUUUCUAAAGUUAUUCUAAGUACUAUUCGUGAUUACUUCGGACGAUCAUUGAUUCUGAGGGACAUUUGUUUUCUUGACAUUGUUUAUUCGCUUAUUCGUACAAAGGUACGAAAGUUUCGUCAACUUAGCGAGUCUGCACUGCAUUCCACGAAUGGUUGUGGAAGAGCGCGCGCGUUUCCAAAUGAAUUGAGUUUCUAGCAAGAGUGAUAUAUUCUUAAGUGACGAUAUUUUUUUCUAAGCACACAAUCUUAAUUGAUUGCAAGCAGGAGACCUUUCAAAUUCUCUUAGAUGUUAUGGAAAAGCGAUUUGCAGCGCUUUCUUUGCCAGAUACGGACUCUGAUCAUAAACUAACUAAAGCUGUUAGUUUUUCUGAAUUACCUAACACACGUAGGGUCCUGGUUGAACAGUUUUAUCAGUCUGGAAGCACCGAAGGACUUGUCAGACAGUACAGCUGUGAGCAGAUAUUGCAUAAAAAUUCAAACAUUAGGCAGGUGAAAGUCUCAGAGUUAGUAAGAUCGGGUGCCAGUGAGCACAGAAAAACAUGGGAAACAACUGUUCCGCUUUUUGGUAAUAUCAAAAAUAUUGGUUGGAUUACCGAUCGUGGUAAGAACAUAAAUGAAGUUACAGAAUCAAAUAUCACUUAUCAAAUGAAACAACCUGAACUCAUGGAAGUCGAAGAAAUAGCUAGCAAGAAAUUGCAGAACUCAUUUCCUAGAAGAAAACUGCGUCAAAGUAACUUGACCAAAUUUCACAAAAUCAACAAUUUACAAGAUGUCAAGAUGUCAAACACAAAACGUAUUGUAGAACCUUCAAGAUUACUCAGUAACAAUUUUGUGGCAAAUACACAGCAGGAACCAUCACAACUUUUGAAACCUGAAGCAAAUUCAAACGCGAUUGCAGAUGUGCAUUUAACCAAUUCAUCUAAAUACAACCAAAAAAAAGGGAGACUUCGGUCCCUCGUUCCAAAAAAUUCAGCAAAAACAAAUAAAAAAAAGAUACCGUGUAGCUUCCAUCAGAUUAUAUUUUUUCUGCUGCUACCCGUCGCCAUCACCCUCGCGACUGUGUUUCUAAACCAGGAGUCAUUAAUCGAUCAUUUCUGUAAACAUCGUUUCGAUUUUAAAAAUGCUGCAGUUGCUCUGCAAAGCCGACUUUAUGGUCAGCAGCAAGCUGUUGAAGAGCUGAUUGAUUAUUUUCAAAAGAAUUCCGACACGUUCAAACUCGUAGCAUUUGUCGGCGGUACAGGAGUAGGAAAAUCAUAUGCAGCAGAGAUCAUCAAGGAGACAUUUCCAAACCAGGACAAGAUCUUCGUCUAUUCCGCACCGUUGCAAAAUUGCCCUAAAGAAAUAAGUACUAUGUACUUUUUCUGUCACUGCAGCCUCAUUAUUCUGGAAAACUUGAGCACCGAAGACCUUAUCGACGCGGCCACUUUUUCAGCGUUGAUAAAAGAACACGCGAUAAACCAAUGUGUCACCAUACUGGCUCUUAUCAAUAUGCAGGACACUGAUAACGAACUCAAGAGAACUUUAGAUUUGCAGAAGAGCAUAUCACAAGUGGAUGCCGCUUUUUAUAAAGUAAAUCUGGAGCCAAAGAUCAUCGGUUUCGAAACGUUGAACGAAGAUGUCCUAGAAAAGUGUAUUUACCAGGUUGCCAAUGAGAGAAACAUAAGUCUGACACAGAGCGACGUGGAGUAUAUUAGACAGGGAUUAAUAAUAGCCAAUAGCGGAUGCAAAGGUGCCUAUGCCAAAGUACAACUAAUGAACAAGGAAGAAAUUGAAAAGUAGGAAUUAAAUUGUAAAUUCAAUUUUUCACAUUCUUUUCUUAUUUGUCCAGUCCCAUCGUAAUGUUCCACCAAUUUAUUUUCGUACAAUUUUUAAGUCCUUCGUAUCCCUAAAAUUUGUUUAAUCUUUAAGGAUAGACUUGCCACUCCUAUAGCUAGUCUCUUCAUGAUAAUUGCUCAAUUUAGCGAAAAACAUGCAUUUUAAACGAAUUGUUAAAUUAAUCAAAUGUUCUGAACUUCCGCGUUUGGCUCGUUACGUUGGUUACACAGUAUUGUGAUUAAGUAUAGUAGCUUUACUUAGGAAAUCAGAGUCGACGUCAUAUUUUAUACGAAAUUUUGUAUUUGUGAUUUAUAAUACUUAAAAAAAAUUAUUUCUUAAUUCUUACAAAUUCGUUUUAAUCAAUCAAGAAGCGAUGGACAUAUUUAAACAAUAAAAAUACUUAAUUAUACAUAAAAUGAUAUUUUUAUACCUUUCAUUUCUCUCAGCUGUAUAAUGCAAUCGUAUAGAAAUUUCUUCAAUAAUUCUACCAACCAUACGCAACGUGCUCGUAGACCAUUAAAGUCCCUAUAGCAGUGUAAUUGCAUUUCACUUUCCUGAUUAUGACUACUACCGGUCUCUGCGAUGCGAUAUUGCGUGUCGAACGUCGUAAGGUAUAAUGGUACCUAGGAUCACUCAUCGUUACGCAGUAUUACGCGUUAUGCGUUAUGCAAAACAUUAACUAAUCCGUAGCGUUAUACCGACGAACAAUGGAUGCCUUUCACCAAAUCUCUUGAUUCGUUAUACGACAAGCAUAAUGUUGAAUAUUUAAAUUUUAUAUAAAAACAAACAAAAUUAUUCGUUGCCUAACAUACGUUUUAAGAUAUCAAGCAUCACUGUCCACAAUACUUAUACUAAAUAUUAAUACAGAACUAAGCGUCAUCCUUCCUUUUCGUUCUGAAAGAACGAAAAUGCCCGAGGAAGAAAUUUCUUAAUAUUUGCUUCUUACGUGGCUUCGAGUGAUGUAACGUGUAACGCGUUAC